CACUUAAACAAGGAAGUUUAGCAGACGAGUGGCGCUCACCAUUCCGUAGUGAAACUUGUGGCAAUAAUCUGCAGAAGGAGGCGGAGGAGGUUCAGAAAGAAAAUGUUGAGCGAACGCGAUAUAUUCAAGAUUUCAGGGCCUCUUCAUCUCACAAAUAUCGACUGGUCCGAUCCGGAUGACAGACGAUGCGUAAUGGCAAGUCUGGUACAGGGUGUGUACGUGCAAGAACGAAACCGGCAAGAGAAUGGGCUUGAAAGGGACACUGAAAUGGAAACAUGGUGGACAUUCUUCAAUUUUAAGGUCCUUCACCAUCUGUUCGACAGAGCCGAUGGCUCCAUCUUUGGCGCGGUCUACAAAUGGAACAAACCGGCCACAGGAGGUGGAGCCCCGGAGAUUGUGGUGGCUUUAAGAGGAACGAUUAGAAAAGUGGAGUCCUUGCCCGGAGAUCUGCUGCACAAUUUCAACAUUCUCACCAAUGAUCUUCACACUACCAGCCGCUUCCAAACCGCCUUCAACUCGGUCGAAAUGGAGGUUCGAAAGCGCGGCUGUGAGAACGUCUGGAUCGCGGGACAUUCUCUCGGGGCCGCAAUUGGAAUGUUAAUAGGUAGGAAAAUGGCUGAAGAACAGGGCCAGUUUUUACACGCCCAUCUCUUCAAUCCGCCCUUUGUUUCGCCACCGGUAGAGAGAAUUAAGAAUGAGAGCUUAAAGCGUGGGCUUCAGUUUGGGCUUGGUGUGGUAACUGCAGGAUUGGCUGUGAUGUUACACGAUGAUCAAGCCCGGAUCAAAUCACAUAAGAUUAUGUUCCGUCUGCGUUCGUGGGUACCUUGCGUUUAUGUAAAUCCCAUGGACGAUUUGUGCUCGGGAUAUGUGGGCUAUUUUGCUACCCAGCAAGUUAUGAGUGAAAUCGGGGCUGUUAGCCUAGCAAGCCUUGCAGCGCAGUAUUCGAUCACGGAUUUUGUUAUGUCGGCAUUUGGGAAGGAGUCAAAAGCAGGGCAUUUCAUUCCUUCUGCCCGGCUUGCUGUAAAUCUGAGCCCGGUGCCCGAUUUUAAAACAGCACAUGGCAUUCAACAGUGGUGGGCGCCUGAUAUGGCGAUUCAGUGCACCGAAUACAAUCUUGUUACAGAUGAGGCGCCAGCGGGAACCCUUGGACGGCACAAAUCUGUUUUCUCAUGACACUUUCAUGUUAAGUUGCCAUUCCAGUCAGUAUUAUUGUUAUUGGGCCCAGUCAAUUCGAGAUGUGUACAGGCUAGUCUGCAGUUAAAUCGGUUGUUUCAUGUCACCUUCUCAAACUAUUACAGCUUGCCUCAGACCUCUUAUGUUUCGCCAAAUGGCAUUGAAUUAUCUCUACCUUAUCAUCACUCGAGGUUUGGACUAAAAACUAAUAUACAAUAAAUCUAGGCAGUGUGUUCUCGAGUCUAUCGACGCAGGGAUUAGUAUGCACCUUUGAGCUUAUCUAUUAAUUAGUUUGAAAAUUAGAAUAUGAUUAUUUUUUCUUUUUAGUUAAAAAAUAAAGUCAUGGUACGUUCUGAUCUUGUCACUGCG